AUGCCGGCCAAGAAAAAGAGCUGUUUUCAAAUCACCAGUGUCACCCAGGCCCAGGUAGCGGCCAUAGGAGCUGCUGAUGACACGGAGAGCCUGGAAGACCCAGACGAGUCGAGAGCUGACGACGUGUCCUCGGAAAUAUAUGACAUGUCACGGACGGAGUAUGAGCCCGCCAAUGACAGAAGUCCACAUGAAGAAGCCCAGGAUAUUGUUAUGGAGGUAGAGGCACCAGCACACAUACCUCAGGCAAGUCAGCUGUCAAACAAAGUAUCUAAUCAAAGUGGGCAGCUGCAGACUGGGCAUUCAGCUGGGCCACUUGUCGCCCCUCAGCAACAGGCCAGUGCUGUGUUCCUGAACUCAUCACAAACCAGCCAGUCCAGCUCGGCUCCUCCUGCUGCCUCUGGCUCCACAGUGAGCUUCACAUCUCGCUUUAGAGUCAUUAAACUCGACCAUGGUACUGGAGAACCAUUUCGAAGAGGCAGAUGGACUUGCACAGAGUUUUAUGACAAAGAUUCUGAGGCUUCAGUGGGAAAGUCUGGAGAUAGCAUAAGACAUGCCAGUACCACACAAGACCCCACUGGAGAGCGUGACAGUGGACUGGGACACACGGUAGGCUCAGCAGCAGACACGACAGUGUCUUCAGCUCGCAUAAUAUCUGUGGAGACAUUACCCACACCAUCAGUUCCACACACAGGCUACAGUGUUCGACAGCAGGGCCUUAGUGGCACACAGAGUGCCUUCUCCAACAGCAAACCUACUGCUGUCCAGCCACUGCAGUCUAAUACAGCGGCCAUCCAACCACCUACAUCCCAAGUUGUACUAUCUGUGGGACAUAAUGGCCUGCCUCAGUCUGCUGUUCUGUUACACAAGUCACCUGGAGUUCCCCCUUCUUUCCCUGCACAGCAGCAGCUUCCUAUAGGCAAUGUCCUGACCGACGCAGCACAUCACAACAGGACAACCACCUCAACAUGGUGCAACACCAUCCAGCGUACAGAAUGUGCCUGCCAAUACACUCCAUUUAAGACUGCAGUGGUGCAGGGAAAUCCAGCAGCUGGACUGGGACUGAUGGAGAUUACAAGUGGAAGGAAGUCCGAUGGGCUUCUUGUUCCUGGGAAGGACCCAGUGAAGCCACUGAUGACUGAUGCCUUGCAGCUCUCUACGCACACAGUCAAUAGUCUGUUUGGGAACCAUAUUCCUGUGUAUGGGGAUGAGGACAGGAACCCCUCCAAGGCUUUCUACCAGGCCUUCCAGUCUGGCAGCAGAUUAAGAGAUUCAAAGGCCCUCAGUGAUAGACCUCCAUGUUGCUCUGAACGCUCAGAGCAGGUGAGCUAUGGGCCUCUGCUCCCGCGCCGCUCAGCUCGUCUGUGGCCACAGCCGCCACAGCCGCCCCGCAGUGCCUCUGGAACCAAUGUUGUUGCCAUUGACAAUAAGAUUGAACAGGCAAUGGACCUAGUGAAAAGCCAUCUGAUGUACGCAGUGCGUGAAGAGGUGGAGGUCUUAAAGGAGCAGAUCAAGGAGCUUUUUGAGAGGAACUCAGUUUUAGAGCGGGAGAAUGCAGUGUUGAAGUCCUUGGCCAACACUGAUCAGCUGUCACAGCUGCCUACGCAGACUAGUUCUACUCCUCCGCAGCCUUCACCCUUCACUCCCAACCCCCCGGUACAAACACCGCUUGACCCCAGCCAACAACUGCAACCCAACGUCACCUCAGCUUGA